AUGGAUUCUGAAGUUGCUGCUUUGGUCAUUGACAAUGGUUCUGGUAUGUGCAAGGCCGGUUUCGCCGGUGACGAUGCGCCACGUGCCGUUUUCCCUUCGAUUGUUGGUAGACCAAGACAUCAAGGUAUCAUGGUCGGUAUGGGCCAAAAGGACUCUUACGUCGGUGACGAAGCUCAGUCCAAGAGAGGUAUCUUGACCCUACGUUACCCAAUUGAACACGGUAUCGUCACAAACUGGGAUGACAUGGAAAAGAUUUGGCACCACACUUUUUACAACGAGUUGAGAGUUGCACCAGAGGAACACCCAGUUCUUCUUACUGAGGCGCCAAUGAACCCAAAAUCUAAUAGAGAAAAGAUGACGCAGAUCAUGUUUGAGACUUUCAACGUUCCUGCCUUCUACGUGUCCAUCCAAGCCGUGCUAUCUCUAUACUCUUCGGGUAGAACCACCGGUAUUGUGUUGGAUUCCGGUGACGGUGUUACGCACGUUGUGCCAAUCUACGCUGGUUUCUCUCUACCACACGCUAUCUUGAGAAUCGAUUUGGCCGGUAGAGAUUUGACCGACUAUUUGAUGAAGAUAUUGAGUGAGCGUGGUUACUCUUUCUCCACCACCGCUGAAAGAGAAAUUGUUCGUGAUAUCAAGGAGAAACUGUGUUACGUUGCUUUGGACUUCGAGCAAGAGAUGCAAACCGCUGCUCAAUCUUCCUCUAUCGAAAAGUCUUACGAAUUGCCAGACGGUCAGGUGAUCACCAUUGGUAACGAAAGAUUCAGAGCUCCUGAAGCUUUGUUCCACCCAUCCGUCUUGGGUCUAGAGUCUGCCGGUAUCGACCAAACUACCUACAACUCCAUCAUGAAGUGUGACGUCGAUGUCCGUAAAGAAUUGUACGGUAACAUCGUCAUGUCCGGUGGUACUACCAUGUUCCCAGGUAUUGCUGAAAGAAUGCAAAAGGAAAUUACUGCCUUGGCUCCUUCUUCAAUGAAGGUCAAGAUCAUUGCUCCACCAGAGAGAAAGUACUCUGUCUGGAUCGGUGGUUCUAUCUUGGCUUCGUUGACCACUUUCCAACAAAUGUGGAUCUCAAAGCAAGAGUACGAUGAAAGUGGCCCAUCCAUCGUUCACCACAAGUGUUUCUAA